CUUGUACUUGAUAUUUUCAAAAUGUAGUUCAAAAUAUUUUUUUUCAAAACCAAUAUUCAAAUAACUUUUUGCUCAAAAUACCAUCCAAACAACAUAUUCAUUUUCCAUUUAGUUUUCAACUUGAAACCUAUUACACUUAAAAGUGACAAAAUGAAAUGUAAGUUGAAGUCCAAACAAGCACGAAUCUGUAUCUUUGUAGCAGUGUAGAUUAAAUGGCAAUUGAAGGUGUGGGUAGUUUAAUUGUCACAGUGAGGUCUGGGUCUUCCAUUUCCGGGUUGCCUUCCCCGCAAAGUAUUCCACUGCUGCAAUCUUCAGCGGGUUAACAUCUUUGUUGCUGCUUAUAUAGUGUGCAAAUUACAAUGAUAGCCGCAGGUACAACAUUAGAAGUAACUGAGUGCAAGUGUUAAAGGUUUCCUUUUUAAGUGUAGGUAGUGAUCUCACUAAUCUCUGUGUUCUAGAAUGGUACGGGUCAACGUUCUAAAACAUCACUUUUGCAGACCAUAAAAUCAGAGUGACUUUGAAUACAUAUACCAUUAACAAAGACUUCAAUCAAACAGUGCCUCUCGAGGACGGACAAUACUUUUCCCCUAUUCAAAUGACCAUCAUUUGGUGUAACAUGGAAUAUAUUUUGCGAUGCAAUAUUGAAAUUUACUACUCUCUGUCCCCAAAAUUAAUAUCCUAACAUAAAAGGUGUCUUUUCAUCAAUUUUUAAUGUUAACUCUUUUGUAGCCUAGAGCAUUUUUUCAUCAUUUAAAAUUUUUAACCUUUCUUUUCAAAAAGUAAGAGUAAAAAAAAGAAGAAGCAGGAAUACAAUAUAGGAAAUAUAUACACCGGUUUCAAUUUUCAAGGUUUUACUUUGAACAUUUCCGUGGCAGCUUCCACAGUCUGAAAACCACCGUCCAAACACAAACCUCUGACCAUCUUACACGUUGCCCGCCAAACUCUGUCCCAAAAAAAAUUCUGCCAUCCCGAUUGUUCUUCCUUCUUCGUGUUCCUAAAAAUAAACCUGUAGAGAAGAACAGAGAAGCACCGAGGGAAUCCACCAAAUCUCUUUACUUUUUAUUGCCACUCUCCUUUGUUGGAUUCCAUGGCGGUAUUGAACCGCCUUAUGUCAAGAUGCAGGGCAUCAUCUUUAAUUGGCUCGUAUUCGAACUCCGUACGUAGAUAUUGCCUGAAUACCAUUGAAGGUGACGGCAAGUUGCCGUUAGUUUCGCCGUCCGCCGCGUCCUCUGUUCCUCAUCCGGGUCCAAUUGUGAAGCCCAAUUCUACUGGUGGAAGAAGUGUACAGUGGGUCUUCCUUGGGUGUCCAGGUGUGGGCAAAGGCACCUAUGCCGCUCGGCUUUCCAGCCUUCUGGGUGUCCCUCAUAUCUCCACUGGUGAUCUCGUUCGCCAUGAACUUUCCUCCCACGGCCCUCUUUCUUCAAAGCUUGGAGAAAUUGUUAACCAAGGGAAGUUGAUUUCAGAUGAAACAAUAAUAGAUCUGCUUUCUAAGCGGCUUGAAGCUGGAGAAGCAAAGGGUGAAAGUGGCUUUAUUCUUGAUGGCUUUCCUAGAACAAUAAGACAGGCGGAAAUUCUGGAGGGAGUAACAAAUAUUGACUUGGUGAUUAAUCUCAAGCUACGCGAAGAAGCUUUACUUGCCAAAUGCCUUGGAAGAAGGAUCUGUAGUGAGUGUGGAGGGAACUACAAUGUUGCCUGCAUUGACAUUGAAGGUGAAAAUGGAAGCCCACGAAUGUAUAUGCCCCCACUUCUUCCUCCUCCAAAUUGUGAAUCAAAACUGAUUACAAGGUCUGAUGACACGGAAGAAGUUGUAAAAGAGCGCCUUCGCAUCUAUAAUGAAAUGAGUCGACCUGUAGAGGAGUUCUACCGGAGUCGUGGAAAACUAUUAGAGUUUGAUCUUCCGGGGGGAAUCCCUGAAUCCUGGCCCAAGUUGCUUCGAGCCUUGAAUCUCGAUGACCUUGAGGACAAAAAGUCAUUGGCUGCUUGAUCGCUCAUUGUUUGGUAAGAGCUUUAUUCCUGUCUGGUAGUGGUUUCUCUUUCACAUGUUAAGUUACCUAUUCUUUGCAUAUCUGGUGUACAUGCACACUGGAAUCAACCAGAGAUAUAGUUAGUUAUAUACAUGUAUUAUUAUUUCAAAUGGUUUUUGUAUUUCACAUUUUACCAUUAUGAAGCAUAAUUUCCAUGGUGGGGAUUAAUGAGGUUGGUUGAGGAUAGUAUUUGUACUGUUACGGACAUACUGCAACGAAUUAUUGAAAUGUAAAGUAUAAAAUGUGACUUCAGUAGUUUCAUUACUGCAAUCAUUACUUAUAUUUCUGCAAGUUGCAAUAGCACACAAAUAGGGUUUUCAUUGGUGAAUUAUGUCAUGGGAAGCAAACGCGAUACCUAUGGUUAAGCACCAUCCAUCCUAUGUUUAGAUAACUAGUAUUAUGAAACGAAGGGGGAGAACCAGGGGGAGAAGCUGAAAACUACACCCCUUUCAUAGUAGGAAGUGGGCGGUCUUAGUUGUAAAGGUCAUCUGUUGAGCCUCAAUUUUUGUCUACUUACUGGAGUGGUGUACCAAAAAUAUGGCUUCGGUUGAAGCUCUGUUGUAAUAAGAUGAGCUUGUUAACCCUAUUCCUCAAGGAAGCUGUUUGGUACAAAGCCAAAUGAUCAACACUAUUCAAAUAUUAACCUAGAAGACAAGACACAAAUGAGGAAAGCAAUCGAUUUGCAGAUUCAAACACGUAAAUACAAGCAAAAAGGCAAUAGCAAAAUCAAACACGUUAACAUAAGCAAAAAGGCAAUAGCAAGUAUGGCAGCCAGCACAACACAAAGGAUACAAGUAACUGCUAGUGCAUGCAUAAAGUUCCCAAUUUUAGUCCUGACUCCUGAAACAUUUUCAUAGUUUCAUUUGUUGUACUCCCUC